GGCUAUCAUAAUACAACAAACCAGACCCUCAAGAUUCUCGGCUAAGCCGUGAACUUUUUUCCAUCAUCUAAUUGUCUUUUCAGGACAUUUCCCUCCAUUAAACAACAAUGUCGUUGCCUGUCGGUCCCCUAGUCUCGGGGACGUCCACCAAGCCGUCCAAGGUUGCACUCCACGGGCGCUACAUCUCUCUCGUCCCUUUGCAGUCAUCUCACGCCGUCGCAAACUUCAAGCAUCUUGGUGGUGAGGAGAAUGCCCAAAGCUGGACACACAUGUUUGGUGGACCGUACCUGGACACGAAGGAGUGGCAGGAAACCAUCGACAAAUGGAGUGCAUCGACCGAUCCGCUCUAUUUCACGGUUCUUUCUGGCCUAGAGUCUGAUCCGAACUCUGAGCCGGUUGGACUGAUGACCUACAUGUCGAUCUUCCCGGACCACCGCAGAAUUGAGAUCGGUAGCAUCAUCCUUGGAAAGGUGUUGCAGCAAACUCGUGGGGCGACAGAAGCGUUCUACCUCAUCCUCAAGCAUGCCUUUGAGGAUCUGAACUACCUCCGAGUCGAGUGGAAGGCAAACAACCUAAACAAGCCGAGUCUUUCAGCCGCUGAGAGACUUGGAUUCGUGUUUGAGGGCAUCUUUAGGAAGCACAUGGUUAUCAAAGGCAGACGUAGAGACACAGCUUGGUUCAGCAUUACAGAUGAAGAGUGGCCGGUGGUUAAACAGGGACUGGAGGGUUGGCUGAGUGAAAACAACUUUGAUGAACAAGGAAAGCAGCGCAAGAGCUUGAAAGAAAUUAGACAAUCCUUCUAGGCAAACAGCGCCUGACUAAACUACCCAGAUACAAAUUAAAUCUAAACUAUUUAGAUUCAAAUUAGAUGGCCUAUUCAAACAUACAAGCGAUGGUAGGUUCAUCUUCCGCAGCCUGAGGAAUACUGAAGGGCCUAAGGAGUUAGAGUGGAGAUCAUCCCCGGAGUUGCGACAAUGUCGACAUGUCAAAUAUCUUCCACCGCACGCCAUUUAGACGGAAAAGAAAGAUUCAUUGUAUCAAAAA